AUGCAGGUGCUGUUCUUCUCCCAUCCGGAAAGGGCACAGCAGCUGACCAAGGGGAUCCUGACAGAGGCCAAGACCAAGAUCCGCCUUGUCAACCACUCAGAAUCGACCAUGCAGAUCCGGUUGAUGAAAGCCAGUGCAAUUGGAAGGCUGGUGACUGUAUGUGGGACAGUGGUCCGCAUCGGCGCUGUGAGGCCCCAGAUCACCCAGAUGGACUUCACCUGCAACAAAUGCAGCACCAGCAGCACUUGCCAGUUUGAGGAGGGCAGGUUCACUCCCCCACAGUCCUGCCCUGCCGAAGGCUGCCGCAGCAAGAGCUUCGAGCCCCUGAGAUCAUCCGCCCAGAGCAUCGACUGGCAGAAAAUCAGAGUCCAGGAGCUUCAAAACGCGCACAGAGACAGCGGCGGCCAAAUUCCCAGGACAAUAGAGGUGGAGCUGAAGGAGGAUUUGGUGGACAGCUGCACAGCUGGCGAUGUGGUCACUGUCGUGGGCAUUGUGAAGGUGGUCAACACAGAAGUUGUGCCAGGCGGGAACAAGGCAAAGAAUGCAAAGGCGCUCUUCCUGCUCUUCCUGGAUGCAAUCUCCAUCGUUGCCAAGCGCAGCUCUGUGACAAGGGCUGUUCAAACAACCGACGGUUUUGUGAAGGCAGAGCAGCUAUCUCAGGAGCCAUUGGAGGAGUCAGUGCCGCCCAACAUGGACUCCUUCAGCACGCGCGACCUCAGCUUCAUCGUCAAGUUCCACACAGAGUUCUCAGGGCAGCAGUUCCGCCACCUGGUGCAUGCCCUGUGCCCUUCCAUCUACGGCCAUGAGCUUGUCAAGGCUGGGCUGGUGCUGGCGUUGCUGGGCGGAGUGCGCAAGAAUGUGGGUGCUCUGGACGCGGUGCCCAUCCGCGGCGACAUCCACAUCCUCAUGUGCGGGGACCCUGGGCUGGGCAAGAGCCAGCUGCUGCAGGCGGCGGCAGCGGUGGCGCCGCGGGGCGUGUACGUGUGCGGAAACACGAGCACGAGCGCGGGGCUAACGGUGUCGGUGGUGAAGGACGCGGUGACGGGCGACCACGUGUUCGAGGCGGGCGCGCUCGUGCUGGCCGACCGCGGCGCCUGCUGCGCGCUGCUGGCAGCAAUGGAGCAGGGUGAGGUGGCGGUGGCGAGGGCAGGCAUCUGCGCAGCGCUGCCGGCAAGGACGGCGGUGCUGGGCGCGGCGAAUCCGGUGGGCGGCAGCUGGAAUCGCGCCAAGACAGUGCAGCAGAACGUGGGCCUCAGCGCCGCCAUGCUGUCGCGCUUCGAUUUGGUUUUUGUGAUGCGCGACUCGCCGGACGCCGCCCUAGACCAACGCCUGUCCGAGCAUGUGCUGGCCCUGCAUUCUGGCGAGGUGGACCGUGCACAGGCGGCAAAGCAGCGGCUGAAGAGGCACAGGGCGGCCAGGGGCCUGCAGCCAGGCGGCGCUGCAAUCCCCAGCAACGGGGAGCGCGUCUCACUGGAGGAGCAGCUGCUUGUGUACACUGCAGCCGACGCUGACCCCGUGCCGCAGCAGCUGCUGCGCAAGUACAUCGCGUAUGCACGUGCACACGUGCACCCGGUUCUGUCCAACGCUGCCAAGCAGGUGCUGAAGGAGUUUUAUCUGGAGCUGCGGAGGAAGGCGGUGGUGUCGGAGGGGGGCCUUCCCAUCACGACGCGCCAGCUGGAGUCCCUCGUGCGCCUGGCCGAAGCCCGAGCGCGCGCCGACCUCCGCCAGGAGGUGACGCGGGCGGAUGCUGAGGACGUGGUGGACAUAAUGAGCGGCUGCCUGCUAGAUAAGCUGCUGGACGACACCGGCCUCCUUGACUUCAGGAACACCGGCAGCAAGAGCAAGCAGGCGCGCUGCUCUUAG